AUGGUAAAUAUUUCAACUCAGUGCUAAAUUUCCCAAGAGAAAGAGUCCUAAAUUUCCCAAGAGAAAGAGAACAUAUAGAGUGUCUCUUUUCUCUCUCUUAUACUCACCUGUCCAUGAAAAACCCUCGACAGUCUCUCAAAGGUAUCAUGGCACCAGGCUGGUAGUCAAAAGUUUUAUUUUUCUCCUGUUAUUGGAUAUUCUUAAGCAAUUAAUCUAAACCUACACUAGACUUCCUAUAAGAAUAUCCCAACUCUUCUCAUCAUUGUUUUAUGCCUCAUACGUGAUCUGAGGUACCACCUGUAUAUCGAUAAAGUGGAGCCUCUCCAUCUCUAAAAAGUUCUUCCACUGUCAGAUUACAAAUAUGCAAGGCAGGGAGCAAUCGGACAGGCAAUGGGUCAUCGAUGUAGUGAAUGGGAAUCUCAAAUUGAACCGAGAGGAGGUGGCGGAGGAAUGGACACAUCGUUGUAUUUACAAAAUCCCGUCCUACCUCAAUGACUUCCAUAAAGGGUCCUUCACUCCCAGGCUUGUUUCUCUGGGUCCACUCCACCACGGCAGCCCUCGCCUCCUACCCAUGGGGUACCACAAGCGUCGUGCACUCCUCCACUUCCUUGAUCGCUCGAAACACUCGGCCGACGGCUACCUCAAGGCCCUCCAAGCUGUGGAGUGGAAGCUCAGGGCCUGCUAUGAGGGGCCUGAUGAGCUGCCUGGAAUGGAGAGCCCCGAGUUCCUUAACAUGAUGCUGCUCGACGGCUGCUUCUUGCAUGAACUCCACCGCACCGCCAUAGAUGAGGACACAUCAGGCUACGCAGACGAUGAUCCGGUGUUCGGCCGCAAUAGGGCUUAUUUCUUCCGACAACAAGACUCACGACCUGGUGCUGUUGGAAAACCAAAUCCCGUUGCUGGUCUUGCAGACUUUGUUGGACCCCUCGGGGGAACGCUCCCAGGCGGCCGAGGAGCAUAAGGUAGUAUGAGCUCCAUUGGAGUAAUAAGUACCCGGGACCCUGGAGGGAUGCAUCUGCUGCAUAUUUACCAAAUGACGGCGCCGUGGUGCGACUUUCCUGAAGUUGAAGACGGGCUAAAAAAUCCGGAGCCGUAUCACAAGAGGGUACCAUCAGCCACGGCGCUACAUGAUGCCGGGGUGAAGUUCCAAGUGAGCCCGAGAGAUGGCAAUAUGGACUUCAGUUUCGACGGCCGGGUGCUGAAGCUACCCUAUGUAGUCAUUACCCCAACUGAGGAAACCUUUCUAUUAGAUAUGAUGGCAUUCGAGCAGUUGCACUUGGACAUGAAUAAUCCUAUCAGCUCAUUUGUAAAAUUGAUGGAUAAUCUGAUAGACACAGCCAAAGAAUUCCAACUGCUAGUAGAUUCAGGCAUAAUAGAGAAUAGGAUGGAAAGUGACCAGGAGGUGGCUGAACUCUUCAAUCGGGUCACUAAGGGAAUGGCCUUUUUUGAGAAUUCCCGCCUGAAGGGGGUGCGGACCCGGCUGAUCCGCCACGGCAAGAGGCGUCGGAACCUGUGGAGGGCUCGAUUCGUCAACACGUACCUUCGUGACCCGUGGACAGUUAUAGCGCUGCUGGCAGCUGGGCUCCUGCUGUGUCUAACAUUGAUUCAAACUAUGUAUUCGGUGCUCAGUUAUAUUAAGUAGUUUACUGACAGCCAUCGUUGCUGGUGAUAAGUCUCGGUAGUUGUCAGGUUAAAGUAAAUGUUUAGCAAUUGGUUUGACAAGGAGAGAGAGCGAGAGAGAGAGAAGGUUCGUCAUCUUUUUUACAGUGUUCUGAUGUAUC